AUGUUUUUUUAUUUAUUUUAUUUUAAAUUAUUUUUAUUUUCCUUAAUUUCUUUAAAUAAAGUUAAUGGAUUUUGUAUGAAGACUAUAUGUUCUGCGGACACCGAUUCUCGACACCCUGUAAAUCGAAUAAUCGGUAUUGGUUCUGAUGGAAUUAGUGGGGAAUAUAAAGCUUUGAGACGAAAUGAUCAAAUUGUUGAAGCUGUUGAUUUAAGUUGUAGAGAAGGAAGUUUUGUUUAUUCUCCUUUUGAAGGGGAAAUUUCUGCUUGGAGACCUUUUGAUGGAAAUGGGCAAGAUGAAAUUAGAACGGAUGAAAAUAAAAAGAAUACAGAUGGAUGUAAACCUGACCGAGGAGUUAGAAUUGAUGGAAAAGGACAAUGGCAGGGUAUGAGGAGAUUAAUUUUUCUGUUGAAUUUUUUUAAAUUUAAAAAUUGA